GUCAGGAGCUCGCAACCUCGGGCAGAGCUCAGGAGCUAUAACGCUGCACUUCUUUCGCCGCUAGUGAUCGAUCUCUACCACUAAACUUGCCUCGGCAACGUUUGGAGACGCCUGCGUACGCUUCCGCCGCUACAAGACAGCACCCACAGCAUGCGCCUCAUCUCAGGCGCAUUGCUGCUCUGCGCGGGCACCUUUGCACAACAGCAGCCAGACGCCAUCGUCGACUUCGAGGUCCAACUAAAACCAGGCGAACCAAUCGAAACCUUCGCCGUCCACGUCUAUCGGAAGUGGGCGCCGAAGGGGGCAUCAAGAUUCCUCAAACUCGUCGACGACGGCCAUUUUGAUGGAUGCGCCUUUUUUCGCGUUAUCAACCGAUUCAUGGCCCAAUUUGGUAUUAAUGGCGACCCGGAGAGACAAGGAAGAUGGCGGCGGAAGUCGAUCCAAGACGAGGUGGCGGGAGAACACGUGCCUAAGUCGAACACGCGCGGUCGUAUUACAUUUGCGCACGCGGGCCCGAACAGCCGGUCGACGCAGCUUUUCAUCAAUUUUGGUGAUAAUUCCAGGUUAGAUAGGGAGAACUUCCCGCCCUUCGGCGAAGUCGAUGAAGCGGGCAUGAGCGUUGUUGAUAGAUUACACGUGACGGGCGAGGGCGGGCCCAAGGGCCCGGGGCCGUCGCAGGGCAAGAUCAACAACCAGGGCGACGCGUAUCUGUCGAAGGAGUUCCCCGAGCUGUCCAAAAUCGUCUCGGCGAGGCGGCGCCCCGAGGCCCUGGUUCCUCAUCGGAAAGGCGAUAUUGAUGGAGACGGCAAGCUCGACGGCAAGGACACGGCGAUUCUCGAGCACUACGCGCGGCUGCGGGGCGCGACGCUGGCGCCCGUCGCAGCAAAGCCGGCAGAGAUGCCGGCCGCCGCGUCUGGCGACGACGGGUUUUAUGUGUGGUUCGCCGCGGCCACCCUGUUCUUCGUCGUCGCAUCGCUCCGAAGGCGGCGCGCCGCAAAGGAAUCUUAGCUAAAGAACUAAAAGUAA